AUGACAAAUUCACCAGUACCAAUACGACGUCAAAGUCAAACAGAAAUAUUGACAGAAUCAACAAAUAUUCGAACAUCAACACCAAUAUUUAAUACAUUAAUUUCAGAAAAAUUUGAUCUAUCGAAUUCAUUGAAAGUUAAUGAAGCUUUGAAUAAUUCAACGACAUCUCAUGUGGAUGAAAAUAUUGAAAAUGAUGCUAUUGCGCCACUUUUUGCAUCAUUUGCGGGUGAUCCAACUGAACAUCGGACAACAAAUACGGAGACAUUAAUGCAUUUAAUUAAAGGUAAUAUUGGUGCUGGUAUUCUUGCUUUUCCUUACGCACUAUCAAAAGCUGGAUUAGUUUUUGGUCCUAUUGCUUUUUGGAUUAUGGGUGCACUAACACUUUAUUGUAUGCAUCAAUUACUUCGUUGUCAUGAAUAUUAUCGAUUUCAUACAUCAAGAUCUAAAUGUGACUUUGGUGAUAUUAUGCGAUAUACAUUAGAAACAUGUCGUUGGAAAUUUGCUCAACGUCAUGCAAAAUUGGGAAAAUUUGUUAUGGAUGGUUUUAUUGUAUUGACUCAACUUGGAUUUUGUUGUGUUUAUUUUGUUUUUGUACCAGCAAGUAUAAAACAAGUUGUAGAUUAUUAUUCAACAAAUAGUCCAACAAUACAUAUUUAUCAAUUGAUUAUGCUUGUACUUGUUAUUGGAUUUUCAAUGAUAAGAAGUUUAAAAGUACUUGCACCAUUUUCACUUAUUGCUAAUAUAAUUAGUAUUGGAGGAUUGUGUAUUAUCAUGCAAUACGUUGUACGUUCACAUUUACCACUUGAUCAAUUACCUUUAAUAACAAAGCCAGCAGAUUGGCCAGUAUUCUUUGCAUCAGCAAUGUACGUAUUUGAAGGAAUUGCUUUAGUUUUACCAAUUCGACAAAAAAUGAAAGAACCUGAAGCUUAUGGUGGUUGGAAUGGAGUAUUGAAUACAGGCAUUUAUCUUGUAACUAUAUUGUAUUUUUCUGUUGGAUUUUUUGGAUAUAUUCGAUAUGGUUCAAAUGCACUUGGAUCAAUUACUUUGAAUUUACCCAAUGAUAAUAAAUUAUAUCAAUUUACAAAAGUUAUGUAUGCAAUAGCAAUUUUUUUAACAUAUAAUCUUCAAUUUUAUGUUCCAUUUACACUUCUUUGGCCACGUAUUUGUCGAAGAAUUCUUUAUAAAUAUAGUGAAAAGGCAAAAGCAAAAUUUGAACAUGUUUUUCGUAUCGGACUUAUUGUUAUUACUUUCGCUGUUGCUGCAUUAAUUCCAAAUCUUGGUCUUGUUAUUUCUUUAGUCGGUGCAGUAGCAUCAACUGCCUUGUCAGUUAUAUUUCCUCCCAUAUGUGAAACUAUAACAUUUUGGCCAAAUGGUCUUGGUCGAUUUAAAUGGCAAUUAAUAUUAAAUAUAUUUAUUGUUCUAUUUGGUCUCUAUGUCUUUGUUGCUGGUACAUCACUUAGUCUGUCAAAUAUAAUUGCUUGUAUUCGUGAAGGUGCUCGAUGUGAUGAUUAA